UUAUUUUUUUAUAAAACUUAAUCAAAUUUUACUUGUCUUUUAAUAUUAUUAUGAAAUAAUGAGAGGAAUAAAACAAAAAUAUUUUGAUUAUUGAUUGUAUAUUUGAUAUAUACACGCUUUGAUUUACAUAUUUCUACGGAUAUAUUUGGCAACCCGAUUUUGCGCAUCGCAUUUUUUCGCCGCUGUUUCUAAUGAUAUUACUUGGAAAGGUAAACCAUUAUCUCAUAAUGAUAAUAAAGAAAAAUGUCACAUAAUAUCCUUCCGUCCAAUUUCAUCCCACUUUUUUCCUUCUCAUUCCUUAAAAAAAAUUAAAUUUUUCGUCAUAAAAUAAAGACCAAGUCAAAAUUCCGAUUCAUCUUCCAAGGAACAAUAUUUUUCAUUCAGAAAUUGGGAUUGAUUGCACAGCCUAACAAUUUACAACACAUACAGCAUCCAUUAUUACAUCUUUCCUCUCCCUUAUAAAAACCGAAUAGAAAUUUAAUAGAUGGAUUAUCUAUGGGCAGUAAUUCUGGGCUUCGUCAUAGCGAUGAUAUUGGCCUUUGGGAUAGGUGCCAAUGACGUGGCAAACAGCUUCGGCACUAGCGUGGGGUCGAAAGUUCUCACCAUAUUCCAAGCGUGCGUUAUAGCGACUAUAUUCGAAACGUUAGGAGCGGUUCUUAUAGGAGGCCAAGUAUCCAACACCAUACGCAAAGGUAUAAUAGAUGUGGAUAUUUACAACGGAUCGGAACGCUUGUUAAUCGCCGGCGAAAUAUCGGCUCUUAUGGGUAGCGCCGUGUGGCUUAUAUUGGCUACUUUUUUAAAACUGCCCGUUUCGGCCUCUCACAGCAUCGUGGGUUCCACCCUUGGAUUUUCCUUAGUUGCUAAGGGCCACGAAGGAAUUCAUUGGGAAAAACUGGGGUACAUUGUUGCUUCGUGGUUCGUUUCCCCACUAUUUUCAGGGAUUAUAUCUGGAUCCAUAUUCCUUUUGAUCCGAAAAUUCGUCCUAAAUAGAAACGAUUCAUUAAAAGCCGGCCUUCGAGUAUUACCUUACAUCUACGCUAUCACUUGCGCUGUCAACUUAUUUUCCAUAUUUUAUAACGGACCCAAAGUUCUAAAGUUAGACCAAAUACCUACUUAUGGCUCCAUCAUAUUAACCCUAGGCUCUGGCUUACUAAUAGGCAUAGGAGUUCAGUUUUUAUUGGUUCCUUGGUAUAAAAAACGCAUUUCUGAAAACAUCGCUACAUCCGUUACCCUCCUCAAAGAAUCUGGUAGAAAACCCUCAGAUGGGCCUGCUGUAAGUUCUAUAUCAACAUCACCUAAACCCUCGUUAGUCAACCAUACUUCAAAGGGUGUCAAUCAAAUGGCUAAAGUGAUCGAUAUAACCGACCUGGGUACCGAUCAAGACGUCAUUGAUGCUAAGUUAUCCAAUCAGAAGAAAUCCGUCGCAUUUUGCGAGCUGCCAGCGCGUGAAAGAAAACUAUCAGACGCCGAUAAGCUGUUUAUAGGAUACCUCCUGCCUGGUGAUAUGCAAAAAUUCGAGGAAGCUGUCGAAGUUGAAAAUGAAGAAAUAUCUACAAACGGUAACAUUUCAUCCAAAGUCAACGUUUUAGAAAAUGCGAUUGUUUCGCCAAAAACCCCAAAACAUAAUGUACCCGCUCCCAAAAACCGAUAUGCUAUAGCCAAAAUUUUUGGCGGAUUUUUUUCACGCAAAAAAACACUCGACAAAAGCCACGCCGAUUCCAUUAUCGAUUCCAAGCUGGCCAUUCCUCUUACUGGGACAGAAGAUAAUCCUCAUGGAAACGUAAAAGGCGUUUCCAAGCUCUUCUCCUUCUUGCAAAUAUUGACCGGAGCUUUUGGAGCAUUCGCUCAUGGAGGUAACGAUGUUAGCAACUCCAUCGGUCCGCUUAUAGCGCUUUGGGAAGUAAGCAAAACAGGCAGUGUGGCCCAGAUCGGUGAACCUCCCUUAUGGAUAUUGCUAUACGGUGGCUUAGGAAUCUCCAUAGGACUUUGGCUUUUCGGUCAGAGGGUCAUGGAAACUAUGGGCAAGGAUUUGACUACUAUCACGCCCGUGAGCGGUUUCACCAUUGAAAUAGGAGCCGCCCUUACAGUCCUGUUAGCCUCUAACAUGGGAAUUCCCAUCAGCACUACUCAUUGCAAAGUAGGGAGUAUAGUAUUUGUGGGUUACUUGAGGGCCAAAAAAUCCGUCGAUUGGAAACUUUUCGGGAAUAUCGUAGCGGCUUGGAUAGUGACAGUGCCCGUUUCUGUAGCACUCUCGGCUUCUUUCACCGCUGGUCUUAGGCACGUAGUCUGAAAAAGACGCCUAUGUAGUUUGAGAAGAAAAUGUGUAAAAAAUGACUGCAACAAUACAAAUUAUAUUUAUUCCAUCAAGAUUUGGAUUUUAUACAUAAUGAUCAUGUUGAUAACGAUUCUUUACUUUUCUUCCUUUUUUGUACUAUAUUUAGUAUAUCUAUAUUACCUUCUUUUAUAGGUAUAUCCCAUUACAAUUUUGAAAAAUAAUUUACUACUUGUAUGAUAAGAAUAUUUUUAAGAAAUUGAGUAUUUUUUUUUAUGAAAAAACGGCAAAUAAGCCUUAUUUAUCUACAGGUUUAAAGGCAAAUUUUCAUAAAAUAAACUUAUACGGCCAUUCAUUGUAAUGAUAUAGUAAAAACAUGUUAAAGAAUCCGCCAUGUUCAAUUUUUUAUUACGUCUUUUCCAAAUUUCUUAAAGAUUAUUUUUCACUAUAAUGCUAGUCCUCCAUUUUCGUUCAAUUUAUCUUUUAAAAUUUCGGUGAAUUUGACUGUACACAUCCUUAUUUUCAUAUUUAGCGAAUUUAUAUAUAAAUAAACCAUAUUGUAAUAAUAUUAAAUUAUGAUCAAUUUUUUUUU